AUGAAGUUGAACACGCCGUUACCUCAACCUCUCCCGAAGGAAUGCGCCAAGGCAGCGAAGAUAUUCAAGUCGUUCGUUGAUAGCGGAAAUAAUGGACUCGAUGGGGUUAUUCCGAGGAGUGUGCUCCAGCACGCAAAAGGAUUCGCCAUCUUCACUAUUUUCAAGGCUGGUUUCCUGUUCUCCGCCCGCGCAGGGUCAGGCGUUGUCAUCGCGAGACUUGAGGACGGAUCAUGGUCAGCGCCUAGUGCGAUAGGCUCCGCUGGUCUGGGUGUUGGAGGGCAGGCGGGCGCGGAGAUGACAGACUUCCUGGUCGUGCUUAACUCCCGAGGUGCAGUGCGGUCAUUCAUGUCUGCCGGAUCGCUCACGUUAGGCGGUAACAUGAGCAUCGCAGUGGGUCCGCUGGGGCGGAAUGGCGAAGCGAUCGGAUCCGUGAAUUCCAGUGGGAAGAUGGCCGCGAUGUACAGCUACUCAAAAACAAGGGGUCUAUUCGGUGGCGUCUCGAUCGAGGGUUCGGUCAUCGUUGAGCGUCAAGAUGCGAAUGCACAGGCAUACCACUCGAAUGUUUCGGCGAAGUCACUGCUCAGCGGCGCGAUUCCUCCCCCAGAAUGGGCAAUGCCACUCGUUCGGACGCUCGAGGCGUGCACUGGCAUGCCUGGCGGCAGGCCAUGGAUCGAGGAAUUCCGCUCUCAACACGAAACCCCGUAUGCGUUCGAAGGCAUCCAGAGCCCGCGUAAUGAGCACCCAACCCCGCUCGACCUCGGUCCAGACGCGCUAUCCGGCGCGAGCUCGCCUCAAACAGAGUUCGGCGUGGGCUCACGGCCAAGUGCAAAGAUGAGCCGCUCACGGAACAGCAGCUUCGGGUUCCCACCAGCGAGCUGGGGAAAGCGCAAGACGUCUGGCGCCUACUUCGAGAACGACUUCCACGAUCCGAGUCGUGCGCCGGGGCCAUCGGACCUGGGGGCGCAGAGCAGUUCGCCGGUGGGGCGGCGCGCCUGGGAGGAGGAAUCUCCGUCCCCGCGACUGAACCGUGUGCCCAAGCCGACGACGGGUUACUUCGAUACGAGAUUCGAAUCGGAUUAUGCAACGGAUGAACAGCUUCGACGGCAUCCAACCCUAAGUCUAUCCGGCAAGACUCCGACGCGGACAUUGGACGACGAUGAUGACCCACGCGAGAGGAACCCGUUCAGCACUUCACGUCCCAACGGCGGCGAUACGACGAGCCACCGGCGUGCGUACAGCGCGUAUGCGCCGUCCUCGCUCUCGGGCGGCGAGUCACACUCCCAGCGCGAUCCGUUCGGGUCACGCGACGACCUGGACGACCUGAGCUACGGCGGGAAGCCCCCUGCGAAGAUCAGCUCCACCCUCGCGCCGCCGAAGCUUACGCCCAAGGUCGAGCUCACACGGCCGCUUCAACCACACGAGGGCGUCGCCCGCGCUAUUGCCCUGUACAAUUUCAAUGCGGUGCAGCCUGGCGAUCUGUCGUUCUCCAAGGGACAGGUGAUCACGGUGACGAAGAAAAGCGUCGAUGUGAAUACGUGGUGGACGGGGAAGCUCGAUGGGCGGGAGGGCAUCUUCCCCGCGAACUUCGUGGAGGUUGUGUGA